AUGGUCAACUCCUGUUGUGGCUCCACCUGCUCUGAGGAGGGCUGCUGCCAGCCCAGCUGCUGCCGCCCCAGCUGCUGUGUGUCCAGCUGCUGCCAGCCUAGCUGCUGCAGGCCCACCUGCUGUGUGUCCAGCUGCUGCCGCCCCAGCUGCUGUGUGUCCAGCUGCUGCCAGCCCUGCAGCCGCCCCAGCUGCUGUGUGUCCAGCUGCUGCCGCCCCAGCUGCUGCAGGCCCUGCUGCCAGCCCAGUUGCUGCAUCUCCAGCUGCUGCAGGCCCUGCUGCCAGUCCAGCUGCUGCCGCCCCAGCUGCUGUGUGUCCAGCUGCUGCCGCCCCAGCUGCUGCAGGCCCUGCUGCCAGCCCAGUUGCUGCAUCUCCAGCUGCUGCAGGCCCUGUUGCCAGUCCAGCUGCUGCCGCCCCAGCUGCUGCAUCUCCAGCUGCUGCAGGCCCUGCUGCCAGCCCAGCUGCUGCAUCUCCAGCUGCUGCAGGCCCUGCUGCCAGCCCAGCUGCUGCCGCCCCAGCUGCUGCAGUAGUUCCUGCUGCUGA